AUGCAGAACCUGUGGACUGUAUUCUGUGGUGAAUCUGAUUGCAGUAAAAACAGUUCUGACAAUUCUUAUAGUCCUCGGUUUUCGUUAGUUAUUCAUCCUUCUUCAUGUGUCAACCAUGCUUCCCUUAUUUGCUUCAACAUACUUCUUCUUGUAAUCCUCUUAUACAACUUCAUCUGCAAAUUUCUUUUCAAGAAAGUCAAGCUACAACCUCAUAACAGACGACAGUUCUCUGUUCUGCAGAUACUGUCAGCUGUUUUUAAUGGUUGUCUUGGUCUUGUUUAUAUAGGAUUUGGACUAAAAACGAGCCUGAAACGAGAGCUUUUCCCAAAAGUCAGAAUCCAAAUCUUGUCCAUUUUGGCUUUCCUCUAUGCUGGAAUUUUCGGGUUUCUGACACUUUUUACUGCCACAGUAAAUCAUGACAUAGCAGUUAAAGGGGUGUUAGACAUUCUCUCUUUUCUAGGAGCAAGUUUACUAUUGUUGUGUACUAAUGAGUACAUUCCAACUGAUGUAGAUGAGAUUCACAGUAGAAAAUUUGGUUCAACUACUGCUCUAUUUUCAAAAGCUGGGGUGUUCAGUAAGAUGACAUUCUGUUGGUUGAACCCUUUGAUGAAACUGGGUAGAAAAAAGACUCUCAAGGAAGAUGACUUACCCACAUUAAGGGAUGUAGACAUGGCAAAAUCUUGUUACUUGCAGUUUCUUGGUCAAAAGAACAAACAUAAGCAGGCUUCAACACCUUCAGAAGACUCAGAAUCCUCAAUACUUUGGACAAUUGUUGCAUGUUAUUGGAGGGAGAUUCUCAUGUCAGGUGUUUUCGCGCUUUUGAAGAUACUUGCAUUGUCAGCAGGGUCUCUUUUCCUCGACUCUUUCAUUCAGGUUGCUGAUGGUAAAGAAGCAUUCAGAUAUGAAGGUUACGUUCUGGAAAUUUCGAUCUUCCUGACAAAGAUCCUGGAAUCUUUCUCACAAAGACAAUGGUACUUCCAAACCAGAUUGAUUGGUCUUAAAGUAAGAACCAUUCUCAUAGCAGCUAUUUACAAGAAGCAACUGAGACGAUCAACUGUUGCAAAGAGAAUCCACUCUGGUGGUAUCAUAAUGAACUACAUAAAUGUUGAUUCAUAUAGAAUCGGGGAAUUUCCUUUUUGGUUUCAUCAAACUUGGACUACAAGCCUCCAACUUUGUUUUGCAAUAGCUAUUCUGAUCCGUUCAGUCGGACUUGCAAGCAUUGCAUCAUUAAUAGUGAUUAUUUUAACCGUGAUUUGCAACACCCCAUUAGCCAAAUUACAGCAGAAACACCAAAGGAAAUUGAUGGUUGUUCAAGAUGAAAGACUGAAGGCUUUCUCAGAGGCUCUUGUGAACAUGAAGGUGUUAAAAAUGUAUGCUUGGGAAACUCAUUUCAAGAACAAAGUUGAGGAAUUGAGGAAAGUUGAACAUAAAUAUUUAUCAGCAGUUUUGUUGCAAAAGGCAUACAAUACUUUCCUUUUCUGGACAUCUCCUGUACUGGUGUCUUCUGCUACAUUUGGUGCAUGUUAUUUACUAAAAAAUCCUCUAAAUGCCAGUAAUGUUUUUACUUGUUGUUCCGGUGUUGUAAAGGUGGAAACAAUGGGCUUCGAGUGA